AUGGGCGACCGACGUCUCGCGGAGAAGAUGCUUCGGCGGACUCCUGAUGCGCCCAUGUCGCGCCGUAACGGGAUUGACCUGCUCUUCAUUAUGCAGCGGCAUGCUGUCUUCCUCAUCAAUCAAGACUCGGCUGACCACAUCUCCGACAUCAUAUUUGCGCAGCAGGCCAUUGACGACGACACGGAUCCGGUCAAGAAGUAUGAGCUAUUGCACGAGUUUCACUCGGGCUAUGAUCCGAGCCGUCGAAACCAGCCGCGCCCUGCUCCCAAGCUGCGGAAAGCGAUGGCAGAGGCGAGGGUGAAGUGGGCCGAAAUCCUGCGCGACGAGGAUCUGGUCGACGUUCGAGUCGUCAUUUUUCCAUCCGAAGAGCGGGACUUCGAGCAUAUCUAUCCUCCGGUAGAUCUGGCUGAGCAUCCUUAUGGGAACCAGUUACAACGCUUCCAAGGUCUGAAAGAGCUGCUGGUAGAAGAGGGUGGCGCAAUGCCAUAUCGUCUCAAGCCACGGUCUAGGGAUAACAUCACCAUGGAGGUGGAUGUGGUCAUCGCAAGAGAAGCACUCGAACGGAUCGCAACGCCAUAUAGGCAGAUGGUUCUCAAUUUCCAACUCCACACGAUCACGGCUCGUGCGCCACACUCAAUCUCGGAACAUCACCCUCUGGACACGGAGCAUGUAUUGGGAGACGGAGUCAGCGCUCAUUUAAGCAUGGAGAAUCUGGCUCGCGUCCUCAGACAGCGUAGCUCCACCAUCCAGAAGGCUGUUCGCACAGCACCAAAGCUGCCGUGGAACUUCCCCUUCAGAGCUGGAUCCGGCCAAUCACGCGAUCAACCGAGAUGGACUGGCGACCAAGGUCCGUUCUCGAAAGAUCUCUUCGAGUUGGGAAUCGAAAAUGACUGGGUCAAGAAGGACCUCGAAGUCCGCACGGCUCAGAUUGAGACCUGGGCGGCGAUGAACAAAGCCCGCGAAGACGCACUGCAAACCAAACUCCCAGAUCCAGAGUUCCGUCCAUUGGAUGGUCUUGCUCAAUGCGACACCUAUACUGCAGAUUCAGAUAUGGCCUGGUACGAAGCGGAGCUAAGUGGCAACGUCAUGGCUGAUUACGCAGCCGCGCUGAGAGUGAAGGAUCUGGAAGCGGCCAGAUACCAGCAGGCGCUUGCGAACUUGACCGCUGUAAGACAGCAAGAGCCGCAGAAUCUGGAGUUGUUGGAGUUCUUCCACCAGAUAGUGGACACGCAUUCUUGCGUUCUGAAGCGCGCGGAGCAAUUUUGCAUCGCAAUAUCUCAAGGCUUUCCUCCCGCCACCUCCAAGCCCGAGAUGGUGGAGCGGGAGCCACCAUCACGUGAAUCACAGGAACUGGGCGAAGUUAAUCGCCCUAUAUCGGAAAUUCAGACAAGCACAGGCCAUGCGCCUGCGCAAGCAGAAGCAGAAGCUGGCACUCCUCCGGCCGUGUUCACGUUUGUCAUGGCUGAUCCAGGCGAUACACCAAUUCCAGAAGUCAGGGGAGGGCUGACAGGUCAGGGGCCCACGCUAUGGCCAUCAGGAAGACCGACUGGAGGUCCUCCAACCGGCACAUCUCAAGCUCAUAUUGCUCCCCAAGACAAUCAUCAGCCGCUCUCGUCGAGACAGCCGUCGGAUCCAACUUAUGGGCGUCGUACUGCCACAUAUUCAAAUCGUCCAGAAGACCAGGAGAGGGUGCCAAAUACGCCCCGGGCUGCUAUUGAGCAGGGCGAAGCAGUGCGUAAGUUUGUCAGAGAAGGAUCGUCUAACCAGCCCGCUGUCUCGCUGCAGUCUCAGAUCGACAAGCCUCAGAAUCAAGGUAGCCAAGGGAGACGCCGCUCGAUAAAUCAUGAGUUGACCUCAUCACUCUAUCAUGCAAGCUCUGCGAAGGACCAGCGAAGUUGUCGGAGCGUCGACGAACGUCGAUUAGCCGGCCUAUGCAUUGCAUCAAGCCCGAGCCACGACAAUCGAUUAACAAAAUCCAUGCCAUGUCCGCCCAAUGUCUCCUCGGUGGCACCAAAGGAUUUCAGCGCACGAGAAGGCAUGUUUCGAGAACAUCGGAACGAUGCAUUGCAAAUGCUGAACCUCGCCGUCGCGAAGGAUAAUGAUGUCAACCGAGGCAGCCCACAAGGUGCGUUUCCAAUCCUCCGACAUUUAAUGCGCAGCAUUACCAAGGCAAUCAACCGCAACGGAUAG